AUGCCCAAACUCUUCAUCACCGGAAUCACCGGCUACAUCGGCGGCGACGCAUUCUACCUGAUCGCCCAAAACCACCGCGAUCUCGAGAUCUCCGCCUUAGUUCGAACCGCGGAGAAGGCCAAACCGAUAGCGGAGAGAUAUCCUCAGGUCCGGAUCGUGCUCGGCGAGCUCGAUGACGCAGCGAUCCUCGAGCGAGAAGCUGCCUGGGCCGAUAUUGUGAUUCACACUGCCGAUUCAUCGGACCACGCCGUCGCCGCCAAUGCCAUCGCUAAAGGCCUAGUAGAGGGCCACACGCCGCAACACCCGGGUUAUUGGCUGCACACCGGGGGCACGGGGAUCCUGACGUACUUCGACUCCGAAGUCCGCAAGGUCUACGGCGAGCAUGACGAGAAGGUCUUCGAUGACUGGAACGCCGUUGAUGAGCUGGUGAAUCUGCCCGCGGCUGCGUUCCACCGAAACGUCGACGAGAUUGUGCUGAGGACGGGCACGCAGCAUGCCGACGUCGUCAAGACGGCGAUCCUCUGUCCUCCUACGAUCUACGGAAGAGGCCGCGGGCCUGGGUCGGGUCGAGGACGCCAGGUCUACGAGCUGACGUCGUUCAUCUUGAAGGAGAAGUAUACGCCACAGAUUGGGAAGGGACUGGCGCGAUGGAACCAUAUCCAUGUGUAUGAUCUGAGCCGGCUCUUCGAGGCGCUGCUCACGACGGCCCUUGCGGGUGAGGGUGGAGAGGAGGUUUGGGGUGCAAAGGGGUACUUCCUGUGUGAGAAUGGCGAGCAUGUUUGGGGGCCCUUGGCGCGGCUCAUCGGUCAACAGGCGUUCGAGCUUGGGUAUCUUCCUCAGGAGCCGGCAUGUAGGGACUGGUCUAUGGACGAGGCCAUGAAGUCAUCGGCGGGCUUUGAGGCCGCUAGUUGGGGCUUGAACUCGAGGGGAUCGGCGCUGCGGGCUCGUAAGACAUUGGGCUGGGAACCGCAGGAGCGCAGUUUGCAGGAUGAGGUGCCGGAAAUCAUUCGUUCGGAGGCAGCUCGUUUGGCGAAGUAA